GAUUUGUGGUGAUCGGACGUUGUGAACCGUAGAUUGUCUGUAACCGGCAACGGGUUAGUUAUGUAGUAGUUAUUGUUGCAUUUUAUAAGCUGGCGUUGAUAUAUCAAAUGGAUUAAACGUAGAGGAGAUAAUCUGAGAUCAAACAUUUUCAAUCGUUUGUGACGAUUGAUUGAAACGAUUGUGAAUUUUCCAAUUAAGAAUACGCAACACGAAUAAUUGCACAUUUGAGUUGAAUAGAAAACUUCUAAUUGGAAAAGCACUGUUAAGGAAGUACUUUCUUCGGUAAUUUAACAAACUUUCUUAUUACCUAUUGUGUGUAUGUGUGUAGUGUACUUUACUGUAAAAAGAACCAACGAAACUGUGAAAAAUAUAAAAUUUUGUGAUUUUUGUCUAUUAUACUCAAAUGCUAAGUGGAAAAAUAAUGAAUUAUUCAUUCAUGAUGAUAUAAAGUGUCGGAUAAUGAUUUAGAUAGCCGGGAUUCUGGGAUUACUUUUAUGGAUAUUUGAAGACACGAAAAAGAAAAGUUUCGUUAUUUUUGAAUCGUCAAAGCGAAGGAGUGAAGCUAAUGCCACAACAACGAACCAGAGACGACUUGCAAUGUAAACUGUAAUUGAGUUAUAUAAGAAUACAAUGACAAUAUAAUAGUUAAUAUCAACAACAUGAAGGCAACAAAUCCGUCGUCGGUUGUAUUUUAUUUAUUAUUUCUUCGACCGAAUACCUAACAAGAAGACGAAUUUUCAUUUUAUUUAUUUUAUUAAAUACAAACCGGUCACUGAAAAUUUAUUGACAAACACAACAGCAAAAAAAAGCAGAGGAAAAAGAAAAUAAAAAGAUAAGAAAGAAAAGCUAACAGAGUGAUAACGUUAAUAUCUUAAAAGAAAUCGGAAAACGAAUCCUUUCCAGUGUUACAACAAAAACCCAAGAACUGUUUUUCUUCAUUCUUUUGCUGCUAUAUCUCGGAUAUGAAAAAAAACAAUUAUUCCGCUUCAGGGGUGAAUUAGAUUCGGGGUCGGAAUCGGAAAGGAACAGUGAGAGAGAAAAAGAAUAACAAAUAGAAACGGAAUUGACAGCAUUAUGUCGAUAACCGGAUCACUUGUCGGUUAUGAAAAUAAUAAUGAUGUGAAUGGUGCAAUUAAUAAGAAAAAUCGUUCAAUGCUCAACAUGUCGUCCGUAUCAUCGAAGCAAUGUGCAAGUCUGAAUUCCAGUAUUAGUAACAGUGUUAUAACGACCGCCAGUAGCUGUGUAAGCAACUCAAAUACGAAACACCAAAACCGUAAUAAUGAAUGCAAGCAACACAAUAAAAAACGACGAAAAUUUCAUUUGAAUUCACUGUGGUCAAUAUGGUAUGGACUAUUGACCACAUUCCUGCAAGGAUAUUUAGCUCUACAUGGUGCUUAUAGAUUCGUAGAGUGUUCAAUGAUUCAAUGGCGAGGUGGAGAGCCCUAUGCAGAGUUAAACAUUCAACUGUUUCUAAGCGGUUUUGUGUUCCUUAUGUUACCUUUGUUUUUCAUAUCAACUAUAUUUAAGGUUGGAAAUUUAGCAAAUGACGGUAUUAAAUUGGCAACAGGAAGUGGAAAAUGUUCUAUCGAACCAGAAGAUGGUUUGGAGGCGGAGGCAAAAGGUGGAACUUUAAGAGCUUUGUGGACCCACGGCGGACCAACAUCAGGUUUUGUACAUAUCAUUACGGCUUUGUGUCUCUUAGUGCCAAGACUACUACUAGAAGCUCGACUUAUAGAGAAUGGAAACUUACAGAGAGAAAACAUCUGGCGAACGGAAUUGGAUUUCAUGGUGACACACAAAGACCGUUUAGUCAUAUUAUCCUUCAUGACAUCACCAUAUCAAAACAUAUCAGACACGGAUUCCAAUCGAGUACAACAUCCCGACAAUGCCAUUCUUUACGAAAAAACUCAUUUAAUCGAGAAAUUUCGUCCUGACUUUGACGACGACGAUUUGUUUGACACACACGAAAGACUCGUAGAAAUGGAAUUACCGACGACAAUGGAAACGUUUCAUUCGUCAUUGAAUAAUGCAAAUACACCACCGCCCGACAAACAAACAACUUUUCACGUUAACGAAAAUCACAAUAAAAAAUCUGAACGCCCCACAAAAACUGGCGGAGGUAAUCGUCAUUCGAACAAUGGCAAGGGUGGCAAUAGUAAAAAACAUGCCGGAAAACAUGAAAGCACACAUAAAUCGCACAAAGACACAUUGGACGAGGUGGUAAAAUCGGGCGAGAAUGGUAGUGAACAACAACAACGGAGAAAGAACAGUCGUAAAAGUGGUGGUGGUGGAAGUGCUGGAAUGAGCAAUGUGAAUGGCAGUAAUGGUGCCGUUGCAGUCACAGUUGAGGAUGUCAAUGAAAAAUUGGAAAUAAAGCCCAAUCGAAUAGAUUUCGAGAAAAUCAAUGACUUUGAGGUAUCGACGGUAUUUGAAGUGAGUAAAAAUGCGAAAAAAAUUGCACCCAUCACCAGUCAAGGUAAAUCGGUUGGUGUACCCGAAAUCGAUGAGUAUGACUAUAGGUCACAGAAACCAGAUGUCACGAAUGGCAAAAAGGUAACAAGCAAGGACAGUGACAUUGUUAUCGUCAAGCCAGAAAAACCAACCGAGCGGAUAAUACCAUCGACCCCACAUUCAACCGAUUCAAAAAUCAUUGAAAUCAAACCGAGUCAUACGAAAAACGGCCAGGGGGCGAAAAAGAUCAAACGAUUUGCGGAAAGCGAACAGCAGGAAUUUGAUUUUGAUGCGAGCGGAAGUAGUGAGACAUUCAUGUCGAAAGAUGACGGUAAUACGGUUGUCAUUGAACCAGCAGCGCUAAUCGGUAGUGUUCCGGUGAAUGUAACAAUUUCGCCGAUUGAGCUCAGUGGCAUCGGCGGUCGUUUACAGCGGUUUUUCGGCAUUACCAAAGAACCAGAUAUGAAUGCGUGGUCUCGACUGCCCAGUCUGGAGUUUUUAAAUUUAAUCAUUUCACUUAUGGUAUGGUCGGCCCGAUAUCCAGCCGUAUUUUGGGGCACAUCGAAAGCAUUUUCGUUGGUUUUCAGUCUGCAAAUGGUUAUUAAUGCUAUCGACAUACUGUUGGGAUUUGCUGGCGGAUCGGUACUUUAUAAAUUGCAAAUUGUUGGAGCACCACUUCCGUUGCAGGCGCCAGCUCUACUACUUAAUGCAGUUGUUACCAUCUCACUAUUCAUAUUGUCCACCAUUCUGGUGAUUUCGUCGUCUCUUAUAAUUUAUUUGUACGGCCACGGACGACUAUCAGCCCGGAUCAGAGAUCGCCAAAUAAUUUCAACAAAAAGCGGUGAUACCUGGGCCUAUUUCGCACACUGCGCAUCAUUAUGUUUCAUCUUAGCUUUGGCUGUUGUAAAAGCUCCGCUGAUGCAUGACUUAAGUGCCACCUACCGUGGAAGUCUAGACGCAGCAGUACUGGCAUCAGUGCUUGCGUCGGUAACUCAUCUGUUCUUGUGGAUCGUCCUAUGGUUAGGAUUGACCGCAAAGAGACGUUGGGCGUUCAAGUUGCCUCCGUUGCAGAUCAGCAAUGCAUCGGUUAAGCAACCGUUGUUGGUGUCACGAGUAAAUGGGCGUUUGAAUCAAACGGAAGGCGGUGAAGAUACGAUUUAUUGGCCGAAAUUAGCGCCAAGUUCGCCGAAGUUGAAAGUAACAUUUAAUGAAAUACCCAGUACGUUAUCGUCGGAUGAUAAUUUGGCCGAACAUGAUGGCAAGCGCCGUGCGACCUGCAGAACCUCGCUAUGUUUGUCCUCUCCUCCGAACGGGGAGGCAGAUGACGGAGACUAUGCAACAUUAAGAGGACCGGGUGGUGAUUUGCUGCAUCUCAGCGAUCUGGGAGCACAUUGUGACAUGGCCGAUGAUACGUCCGAAGAGGGCAAAUUGUUGGAAUCGGUGCGAGACGACAGUGUCACAUAUGCUUCAACUCGCGAUUUGGAGCCACCACAUAUACCGACAGCAGAACCGUUUAUUGGCGAGCAAAUGAUUAGCCCAUUGGCACCAGUUACGGUCACUGUGCAUACAAAUGAAGCACAUAUUCUCACUUCAACUCCACGUUGUUUACGUCGUGCUGACUCAGGUGUUCCAACUGAUUCUUUACUAACCCCACGAUCCGACACCACAUCCACCGAAAGUUCAACAUCGCCACCUGAUCGAGCACCAUCGGAAACAUCUUCUGGCACAUCCAGUGGAUCCAGUGGCGUCCAUUCCGGCGAAGAACGUGAUGAAGUUGCUGUCAUCCGUCCACGGCCAGCGAAAGCGAUUGUCAAACCACCGCAACCGGUCAUCCAGGAAGAACCCUUCGGUCGGUCGACAAACAUGAAGAUGUCCAGUUUCAACAAUCAAGAUGGGAAAUCGAGUGCAACGCUACCGUUAUCCCGUGGUCCAGUAGAUAUACGAAAUGAUUACAUAAAUCAUUGCAGCACAAUGCCUUUACCCGUCGGUUGCCAUCAGCAGCAAUACCGAUCGCAAAUCUUUGCACCGAACAGCAUUCAACGUCCACAAAUGCACACGACACUGCCGAACGGACUGCGCUAUUCGAAUGUUACGAGUCAGAAUUUCUUGCGACGAAUGCCGCACGUUAAGAAUGCCGAAUCACCGUACGGCAUUUUGGGGCUGGGAGCUGGUCAUCACACGUUCUCCAAACUGUUACACGAUCCGUUGAUGUGUCAUAGUAUGGUUGGUAUGGCCAUACCAGAAGAUCGUGAUUCGGCAAACUAUUCAAUGAUCUCCGAUCAUGAUCGGGAAAUGUAUGUGAAUGGCGGUGGUGGCGGUGUUAUUAAUUAAUUUCAAUGGUCGGUAUGUUUGUAGAUACAAUUUUUCUUUUCUAUUUUCUGUUCAUCAGCAUAUAGAAUUGGAUGUGAUGAUAAUUUUGUUGUCUUGAUUUUGAAUCAAUGUUCCGUUGUACAUAAAGAAUUAAACUUCAUUUGCAAUGCAAACGGUUUCGGUUGGAAUGAGUUGAUGAAAAAGAAAAUUUAAUUUCGAAACAACUGCCAGGGCUAUUCUCAAGGCGUAGAAAUCACGCACAACAACACAAUCAAUUUAGCAAAAAUUAGCGGAGAGUUAAUCCAUUACAUCAUUUCGACAAGCUGGAUUGGUUUAUAUUAUCAUGCCUGGCAUUGGAGGUAUGAAAUCUUGUGUUGAAAAAACGAUGAUUCGGACGACAGCAUUAACAAGUUUUUGCUCGUUGUUGAUGAACCUUGUUUUUACUCGAAACCAUCGGUCUUUUUAUCACCCUUCUUAACUACAGUGGCUACAGUGGUAGUCAGUGAUAUGGUUUUGUUAUACUCAUUAUACCGCUUCACAUUUCCAAUCCUUUCAAUAAAUAAAUUUUUGCGGAGAGGCAUUUCGAGUUCUAUAAAAUUGGAUUGGAGUGUUGUUGUGAUGGCAAGUUAACAGAAAUUUUACAACUCAUCGACGUAAAAGAAAAAGCUUUUUUAAAUCGUCGCUAAGAAGUAGAAAUCAUACGUAGAAAGCAGCGACAUCUGUUUGAUCGUGAAAAACGCCAAUACUACCGAUUCGAUCACUGAUCGCUUAGAACACGCUAUCUCUCUGAUCAACUUCGUUCAAUUCUGGCAUAAUUCCAUCGAACUCCAACGAUUCCGUUGAACUUUGAAAAUUCCCAUUGUAACGCCGAGAAUUCAUUCUAAAAUGCCGUUUACAUUGUCCCACAAAAUUCCUUCGGAAACAGAAUUACCCCAUGCAGAUGAGUGCACGUUCAUAAUAUUCAUGGAAUUUAUACCAUUCACAGAGAUGACAAGCUUGUUGUCGUGAAAGUAUUCUAUAGCUAGAAUUGUCUUUUCUUAUAAAGUUGUAUGGGAAAUGGGAAACCGGUUGUUGUGUUGUGCGGUUUAUUUGUAAAGGAUUUUCCAUUUUCCGUUUUAAUGUUGUUGUCAAAACGGAAUAUUCGAGAUGAUGAUAAUAAGCUGCAAAGACUGAUAUAAGUGUAUUAUACACUAUAAUAGUGGAGCUAUCAAUUCUUUCUUUAAAGAAAAUUUUCUAUAUUCUCGUGAACACAGCGAAAUUGUAAACGUCGAAUGCAGAAGUAUAGUCAUCAAACUCGCUAGUCGAUUGCUGGUUUAAUUAUUUUUUACAAGACGGCGGAUCAUUGUGAAAUUGGAAAAGUUAAACACCAUGCAUUGGUGGCGUUACACAAGGCUGUGUUGAGUUAUUUUCUAUGGAAAAUGAUGGACGCCACAUCCCCAACACAUUAUGCAUCCCUGAUUCAACAUUGUAUGUUUUAACAUGGGAAAAAUGUAAAAUUCCGAUAUACGUAUAGAACGAGUACGAUUUAUAAGCGAGACAGAAAUAUUACAUCUCCUACGCACAAUGUACGUUUCAGUCGUAAAAUUUUACUCGUGUAAAGUACGAAUGAGUCAACCAUCGGUCUUGUUGUCAUUAGUUGUAAAUUUUGCAAACAGUACGUAAAAUUUUACGACUUAAACGUGCAUUGUGCGUUUGAGAUGUAACACUUGUGUCUCGGACAUAAAUUGUGCUCAUCCCCUAUGCAUAACAUCGGUAGGUCUUUUACGUUUUUUCAAUGUAUGUUUAAACUGUUAUAUCACAUGUUAAGCGUUGUUUGAAUACAAAGGACGUUACAGUAUUCGUUCGUCGUCGUUUGGAAAACUUGCGUGAAUUUUUCCUCGGUAUUUUAAUACAGUAGACUACGUCCUUGCUGCUUCAAAAUUUGUUGUUUUGAUUAGUGGUAGGUUUGUAGCCUGGACGCCAAUGCCAGGGAUGUAUAAUCCACUAGUCGAAACAACAAGAACUUUUACGUUUUGUAUGUUACUCAUUGCACCCCCGGGAAAUGAGCCAUUUCGUUGCUUAUAUGAAAUCGGCGUCAGAACUUAUUUUGCAGGAGCUUAGCGAGUAAAUAGUAUAUUACAUACUGGUUUGGAGAUUCUUAUUUUGACAAUUCAGAUCGAGCCGACGACGAGGGGUGCAAACGAGUCAAAAUUAAUAUCUCCAAACCAUUACGUAGUAUAUUUCAGUCGCGAAGGCUUUUCGGAAACUAAAUUUAACGCUAGUGAAAGAAAAGAAGCUUCCAUGAGACGUAGCCAGUAAAACGUUUUUCGGAGUUUGUUCCGAAUAUUUAUAACCUACGAUCAGAGGUUCGUUAUUAUUAUUAUUUUUUUAAUUGUUUAUCUGACCAACCGAACCAAUAAAUACAAAAAUCUAAAUUAAAAAGGAGAAAGUUGUGCAUAUCUAAAUACAGAAAAUAUAAAAAAACAGAAUAACAAAAAAAAACGUAAAAUUAACCAAAAUGUUUCAUAUCUAAAAUAAAAUUUUAUAUGCAAUUUACACAAUUAUAUAAAUAAAAUGGAAAACUCUUUUUAUCAGAAUGCAAAUUUUCAUGGCAUCAAAUCAUUUUAUAUACACAAGAACAACAAACGACAAAAAAAAACAAUUUUAAAAAAUGAGAAAUAAAUUUCUUUUUUGAAAUCUCAAUGAAAGUAUAUUUAAAAGAUUUAGCAACUGACAAUACAUAUUCGAUACAUUUCAAAAAGCUGGGAAACUCAACAACCGAAAAUAACUCAAAAUGAUGCAGGUAUUUUAUGAAAUAGAUUCGCCGGAGCAAGUGUGUGGCUCAUUUUGUAAAAGUUUUUUUUUUUUAAAUUAUCAACCAGUGGAUGUAUACUCAGUUCAGAUUUAUCGGAAUGUUUCCUGAUUACCCAAACGACUCCUCACUUUAAACACCGAUACAUCAUCUUAUACAGUAAUUAGUACAUAGAUGCCAACAUAGCCCAGUACAUACGUUCAGGAUGUGAUAUUCGUAACAAUAUAUCCCUAAUCACCCACGACCCAAACUUUAUCGCCAGCAGAAAUGUAUAUUCGAUCUAGAUUGUGAGUGUGGAAAUAUAAGAUUCUUCCACACAGCUAAUGAACCAGUGCGGAACAUAUUGCAUUUCCGCAUUUUUUUCAAAAGUAGUUAUAAUUCAAAAUAUUCCUCGAAAUAAAAAUUCGUCCGCCUUCGCGGUAUUUGAACCCCAGAACCUCGAGUACAUAAGGAAAAUUCGCACUAGUUCUGAAAAAAUCAACAUUUCAAAACUUGGUGUUUCAAGAUACUUUUUUCUCUGUGACAAAUAAAACAGAUUGGAUAACGUAUCAAUCUCUACUUUAGUGAAGGCAUUUGGUUUUAAGUUAUCCAGCACCAUUUGCAGAUGAUAAAGAUCGUAAUAUUUGCUCGAAUCGAUAUCGGUAGUACGCGAUUUUUGUAAUUUACUGGAACUUUUCUACUUUUCGACACAAGGUGUUUUUUUCUAUACUAGUGCUACAAAAUGAUGGGAAAUGUUGUUCACAUGUAACAAGAUGGGAUUGUUAUUAGGAGUAGAGAUUUGUAAUCUCUGAAUCAGUUGAAAGUAUCUGGAUAUGGGAUGGCGAUGACUGGAAAAACAACUUUUGCACCACUUCGAAUAGACCUUGGUAGAGACUCCUCAAGAAUGAAGUUGUAAAUGUCCAUUCAAACGUUCUGGGAAAUGUCUGAGAAUAAAUUCUAAUGUGACAGGGAGUCUGACAAAAAAAAAACUUUUACAAAAUUGCCACACCCUCUCCUGGAUAGCCAACUACAUUUAGUAAUUAUUCGCAAAUAAAAACAAUAUUUUAGGCGCUGAAAUAUAUAAGAAGAAACUUUCGAUUUAC